AUGGCAACCAUCGAGACCGCCUAUUAUGUACCCACACUACUUGGUCUGUCAACAACGUUUGGCAUCUCAUGUUCGAUAUCCAUUGUGUGUCUUGUUUUGUUUGAGACUUUUAGACGUAUUGACUCGAUGCAGUAUCUAUUUUCCCCACGCACACAACUCUCCGUAUCUCCGGCUGUGCCACUCUCGAAACGCCCUUUGGCAUGGAUUGCAUCUACGUUCUGGCUAGACGAAGCAUACUUUAUUAGCCGAGUCGGAUUAGACGCAACAAUGUACCUCCGAUUUCUGCGGAUGGCCAUUCAUUUUCUCACCUUCCAGUCUAUCCUCAUCUGCCCAGUCUUGCUCGCUCUUCACUGGACCGGCAGUUCGUCGGCCGCAGACUGGAAACACGGACUGUCGCUCGUGGCUCUUAACGACACCUCUCCAGAUACCACCACCGAUCAAUUCCGCAGCAACUCAACUCUCGCCUAUCUCUCCAUAGCAACCAUUCCAGAUCACCACCCCAUCGUCUGGAUCCACGUCUUCUUUGGCUACUCGGUUGCCCUGGGCUGGCUCUGGCUUCUGUUCGUCAACCACUGGCACCACCUCUAUCUCUUACAGGCCAAAGGUCCGUCUUCGUCCAUCCAGGAACGAUCGAUCCUGAUAACAAACGUACCACACCCGCUACGGAACCCAGCCUCGCUCCAGCAUCACUUCACCAUGGCCCAGGUCGGCUCGGUCGAGUCAGUGACCCUGGUCAGCGCAAGGGCUAGUAAAGCUCUGGACCGGGCACUCGACCGGCGAGAACACUGGCUGGACGAUUUGGAACGAUCCUUGAUUGUCCUUGCGCGUGAAAAUGCAAAAUAUCCGAACGCAAUGGACAUCGAUUCCUGGCUCAGACUCUUGCAGGAUACACAGCCUCUAGGGCUCACAGAACACAUCAAAACCUUGAUGCUCGAUAUCACGCUUGCCGACACUGAGAUCGAACAGCUGCGGGAUGCCAAUGCUUCCCCAGAAUAUUACCAACCCACGGGCACAGCAUUUGUUACCUUUACAUCACCACAUUCCGCUCAGAUAUGUGCUCAAAUUGUGACAUCCUGGAAACCAGGCGUGUUUGAUACCCGAAUGGCGCCUGAACCACGCGAUUUACUGUGGACGAGUCUCUUGAGACGAGGUCGAAAAGACAAGUUAAUGGGAAGAUUGCGCCAGUGGGCAGUGUUUGUUGCUGUGUGGUCAUUGACAGUAUUCUGGUUAUUUCCUAUAUCAUUUAUUCUCGGGCUGACUUCGAUCGAAUCACUGUCCCAGCAUUUCGCUUUUCUGCGCUAUUUUCUGGACAGCUCUCUUGUGGUCCGGUCGUUUAUCCAGAAUAUUCUACCGACUCUUCUGGUGACACUGUUUAUGAGUCUACUACCAUGGAUAUUGCUAGAGAUUUCAAAACAACAAGACUUUGUGUCUUACUCUGAACUAGAGGAAUGUGUUCUUGGCCGAUACUACCAUUUUGCGAUCUUUAAUGUGCUCAUUGUCUUUCUGCUCGGCACAACUUUCCUGUCAACCAUGCUUGAUGUACUGUACGAACCUGCUCGAUUGACCCAGCUACUAGCAAACUCUUUACCCCAGGGUGCCAACUUUUUCUUGAACUAUAUCCUAUUCAAUGCAUGCACACAUGCCAUGGAGCUCAUCCAACUAGGAUCCCAGCUAUUCGGCCAUUUCUUUCUCACCCUUCCCUGGGUGGCCAAGACCCCCCGGAUCCUGCGCCGGCUCACCUCGCCUUGGUCGUUUCCGUUUUACUAUUACUACCCCAACCACAUCCUGGUGUUUGUCAUCACGUCAACUUACUCUGUGAUCCAGCCUCUGAUUCUCAUCUUUGCCUUGUUUUACUAUAUACUUGCCUUGGCAUGUUUCAAGCACCAAUUUGCGUACUGCUAUAUACGGCGGUAUGAAUCAAACGGAGCGCGGCAUUUCAGACGCGUGGCACGCUACACCAGCGACGGCUUGAUCAUAUUCCAAUUGACAAUGGUAGGCUUGCUUUAUCUCAAGGGAGUGCCUGCCGCAGCCACUGCGCUCUUGCCAUUGAUCGUAAUUACCCUGUGGGCCAAAUGGAAACUCUCGAGGCUGUUCGGACGUCGGUCUAAGCAUCCUUAUGUAGGUCGGUUUGAUGGGACAAAGCAAGCCGGCAGUUUUGGAAAACCAGGGCCGAGUGGAUGGUGGGGAUGGGUUGAUGACAUUUGGAAGAUCUCGUACGUAAAGGCCUGGUGGGCGAAUGGGCGGUAUGCUACACCUCAAGUAGAUGAAGAACGAAGGUAUACAAUUCCACUUCCACUACUGCCGCUGCCACUCCUAUCACUGCCACCAUUGCCAGUACUGGCACCACUGUCACCACUGCCAGUCCCCAUCACCACAAAUAUGACCACAAGUACAAGUACAAGUACAAGUACAACCACAGGCACAGUCACAACCGUAACUGAGACCACAAUCACACCCAAAAAUGUGCUCACAGGCACAAACCCAAACACGAAUGUAAAUACAGCUGGGCUAGUUGUGAAUGCACUUGGAUGUAUGGAUAGUAUCAAGAGUGUAGUACAUUGCGUUGUCAACGAUACUGGCGUCAACGGUACCAAGUGUGGUAAUGGUGGUGAUAGCAGUAGUGGUAGUCUUGCAAGUACGAUUCGAUUAGAGGCCAAUGAGAUUUGGGAUGGUAUAGCGACGUAUGAACAUCCGUCGUUGAUUAAGCCUUUGGAUGGCAGUGUAUGGAUGCCAUUUGACGUCACACUCACCAGGUGGGAUCUUGGCGCGUGUCUGAAGAUUCCCCGCUCAGUGCUGCAGCAAGCAUUAGCAUUGACAGCGCCAGGUCGUGGCAAACCAAACGCCGCCCUCGAGGCAGAGAUAGCCUAA